AUGGCGUCUUUCGACACACUGCAAGAGCGCCUCGCCGCGCUACAAGAAAGCACAAGCCAGCUCAAGGAGCUGAUUGACCGACUUGCCAACAUCAAGUUCCAGCCCGGGUCAGUCCCCUUAAGCACGAGCGACGAGGACAAUGUAGCCACCGAAUUGGCCACCGAAAUCAAUCAGAUCUUGCGCGAGGAGGAGGAGGACCUGGAGCUGCUGCACGAGGAGAUCAUCGACCUGCGCUCUGGCCGACCCGGCAGCGACGCCGAGCACCGCAAGACGAGGUUAAAAGAGGGUGCUCAGCGGUUGGAGGCCGAACUGAAGAACUGCCGCACAGCCUUCCGCAAAGCCCAGCUCUCCGCCCGCCGCAGCCUCGAAGCAGCCCAGAAACUGGAGCGCUCCCUGCUCCUCGCUUCCUACGCCGCCUCGGCCACCUCAUCCCCGUCCUCCUCAACCAUCCUCACCAAACCGAAUACCAGCAAUGACACCGCCGCCCAAUCGCAACAUCACCCCGACAUUCCCACACCGCAAGCACCCUCACACGACACCACCACCACAAACCCCCCCUCCGAUCCGCGCCAGAGACUCUUCUCCUCCCAUCACCAACGCCGACGCCAACGCGCACACCCAAAUCGCGACACCACCGCCGCCACCAGUGACGAAAACUCGCAAGUAGUAACCGCGAGCAGCGACGUGACGCUCGCCCUGCGGCGCACGCACGCGCUGAUCGCGGGGGAGGUGGCGAAAUCGGCGUUUGCGGCGCAGACGCUGGCCGAGAGCGGCGCGGCGCUGGCCGAGCUGCAAAAGGGGUAUUCCGGCGCCGAGGGCCUGCUGCGGCGGUCAAGGGAGCUGGUCAGCGAUCUCAUGACGGCGCAGAAAUCGGAUACGUGGUACCUGCGUGCGUCGUUAAAUAUCUUGUUGGUGACCUUGGCGUGGUUGGUUUUUAGGAGGUUGAUGUAUGGCCCGCUGUGGUGGUUUGUGUGGUUUCCGGUGAGGACCGGGGUUAGGAUUGUGCUUGCUGUUGUUGGGCUUGGUGCGGGUGGUGGGUCUAGUACGACAGCGAUGAAAGGAGGGAAAGGGGGGGUGACUGGGGACGGAUUGGGGAACGGGAAUGGAAAUGCUGCUGUGAGUGGUGGGUUUACGGCUGCCGGCGCGAGGGUGGUGGGGAUCAAAGAGGACGGGGCGGUGCCGACUGUCAGUGUUCCCCGCGGGGAGGAGAAGAAGACGGCGAGGGAAGAAGGGGAGCCGGAUUCGUGGGUUGAGAGAGUCGGGAGGAUGGUGGAGGAUACGCUGCACCCGGAGGAGGACGCUGAGAUGGAGGGGGUAGUGAAUAACACAGAGGAGGGGGACAGUCAAGGGGACCAGCCGAAUCCGAUGAAGAGGAUGUGGGAGGAGGAGGGUGUGGGAGAAGGGCUGGCGGGACAGCCGGUUCGGGAUGAGCUAUGA